AUGACUCUCAAGCGCUAUCCUGACCCCAGCGAGGGCAAGAACCGCCGAGACACCAACGACGAGGCGGAAUCCGGCAAGGUUCCUGCCGAAAACAGCCUGCCCAUCGAAGAUUCCGAAGGAAGCCGUGAAGCCCACAACCGAGACCUCGGAUGUGGACCGCGGUGGCCAGAAAACAAAGUUAUCCAGCACAUCUUUGACGGAAAGGGCAACAUAAGGUCUGACAAGGAAUUGGGAAGCCUGAGUAUCAGAAUGGUGCCCAACCUGAACGGUCGCCUUGUCGAUGAUUGCAGAGAAGCGGCGUGGAUGGUCGACCUGCUCGUCGGGUGCGCAGACAUCGCCCGCUUGAUGCGCGAGGGGUUCUUUUGGUCGGCCGCCGACGUCUUGCCGGAACAAGGACGUAUCGCGAAGCGGCUGCCAGCCGAAUGGGCAGAUUCCGGUUUUCGCCAUUGUCGCGUCUGGAUUCUUAUGGACAGGUCCCACGGUGACGCUCCCCAGUGGUUCGCCAGUUUGGAACUGUUCGCCCGGUCCUUCGAGCUCCUUCCGCGCUUUCGACUGCAGGACCUGUCACCGCAAAACAUCUGCGAGGCAGUCGCAUGGGUCCCGUCAGGCGAUGUGGUUUACAACUACGACUGCCGCUCGCCGGGCCGGAACUGCAACUGCAUUUACGAUGGCAUGCCCCUGCAGGGCUGGUGGCCAUGGCCCAAGGACGAGGGCGCCUGCGUGGCCGAAGUCCCGCAACAUGCCCGUGAUGCGGACGAGUUAGCAUUUCCAGGCCCCCCACUCCCUGUUGACCAUGACGAGACUGUUAAAAGCUGGGGUUGCGUUAUCUUGUAA